AUGAGCCCCGUGUUUCUCCUGCUCUUGGUCUUCACCGGCAAUGUCGGGGCAACACUGGAAAAGGGCCUGCCAAGACGGGAGCCACGGCGCCUCUCGUGCGUGCGGUGCUGCGGGCCUGCCGAGCAGCCCGUCUCCAUCGUCUCCUCGCGAUACACAAGGAUGAGCAGCGACCCUUCCUAUUCCGUACCCAAAGUCCAGCCCACUAUAGACAUCACCAUCCUCAAAGGUGAGAAAGGUGAAAUGGGAGAAAGAGGAUACCCUGGAGCAGUCGGGAAGGCAGGAGAAAGAGGACUACGUGGCUUCAAUGGACGGAAGGGACAGAAAGGCCAGCCUGGCCCACAAGGCCAUUCCUGCAAGCAGCUCUACGCUGCUUUCUCGGUGGGUCGGAGAAAACCCCUUCAUAGCUCAGACUACUUCCAGCAUGUCACUUUCGACACAGAGUUCGUGAACCUCUACAAGCACUUCAACAUGUUCUCGGGGAAGUUCUUCUGCUACGUGGCAGGAAUCUACUACUUCAGCCUCAACGUCCACACCUGGAACUUCAAGGAGACCUACCUGCACUUGAUGAAGAACGAGAAAGAGGUGGCCAUCCUCUACGCCCAGCCCAGUGAUCGGAGCAUCAUGCAGAGCCAGAGCCUGAUGCUGGAUCUGCAGGAAGGAGAGGAGGUCUGGGUGAGGAUGUUCAAGAGGGAGCGAGAAAAUGCCAUCUAUAGCGAGGAGUCUGACGUUUACAUCAUCUUCAAUGGGCAUUUAAUCAAGCCGGCCGUAGAGUAA